AUGGCGACUAGUACUUAUACGACAAACUCUCCAUUACCAUUACAAUUAAAACAUACUGAAUGGAUGACAAAUUUACCAGAAAAUCUUCAUGAUGAGCCUAUUACUAAAAUCGCUAUACCCGGUACACAUGAUUCAUUCGCAUUUCAUUUAACCAGCCAAGCUGGACCUGAUUUAGAUUCAAAUUUACGACGUCUAUCUUUUCUUAUUCAUCCUAUUAUUAAAAGUUGGAGUAUUACACAAAAUAAAACUUUUACCGAACAAUUAUAUAUGGGUAUUCGUUAUUUUGAUUUACGUGUUUGUCGUACAACAGAUAAAAAUUUAUGUUCAAAAUCACCAUUUACAUUUACACAUGGUUUAUUAGGUGGUUUAGUUCGUGAAAGUUUAGAAGAAAUUAAUGAAUUUUUAAAUACACAUCCAAAAGAAAUAAUUUUACUUGAUUUCAAUCAUUUUUAUGAUUUUAAUGAUCAAUGUGGUCAUGAUCAUUUAAUACAUCUUGUACAUGAAAUAUAUGGAAAGAAACUUUGUACAACAGCCCGACAAAUAACUGAAUGUACAUUAGAUUAUUUAUGGAAGAAUAAACAACAAGUUAUUUUACUUUAUGAAGAAAAUCCUAAUCAAUGUACAGCUUAUAUGGAUCGUAUUGGACAUUUUUUUCAGAUUUGUCAAUCACCAUGGCCAAAUACAUCACGUGUUAACGAACUAUUUUUAUUUCUUGAUGGAACAGUAACAAAACCUCGACCCAUAACUUGUGUUAAUGUUAUUCAAGGACAAAUAACACCUGACAAUUCAAGUAUCCAAAAGAAUCCAUUUAGUUCACUUAGUACUAUUGCGAAAGACACAAACAGAAGAUUAAUUGAAUGGUUGUCGUAUCGUAAACGUGAUCCAUCCUUAAUCAAUGGUGUUAAUGUCGUCAUUUGUGAUUUUGCUGAUCAAGUAUUUACUGAUGCUGUGAUUAUGUUGAAUUAUAAAUCAUCGACGGAAGAUUGUACUUUUGCUGAUCCUGUAAUUAGGUUGAAUUAUAAUACAUCGACAGAAAAGAAUGUUAGGUAA